GCCACCGUCGGGGUGGGACACGCUCGCUCUCUCUCAAGGGGGGAACACUUGCUCUCGCUUGGCAGGGACUCAAUCUGUGUUAUUCAUUGAGUGAGAUAAGUGCUAGAAAGAACAAUAUCCGCAAUCACUACUCUGUAAUUAGAACUGUGUCCAAAGAGGAAAUAACACUCUAGUGAUUUAUAAAGUUUUUUUUUUCUUUAGAUAAGUUCAAAGUUUUAAAAUGACUUUACCCAAUGAGUGAAAUUUGUAGAUAAUUUAUUUUUGUUGCUGAACUUAAGCCGCUGGUCACGAGAAUCACCACCACAUAUCAUAGACUCAACCAUCCGGAGAAACACUUGAAAAACCAAAAAAAAACAAAAAAAUCCCCCAAACUUUAAGAAAACAUAAAAAAAAAUCAUAUUACGUUUUUUGAAUGGCAUUAGUCUCUUGUUUACAAAUAUUAAUGUUUAUUUACCGGGUGAUUAUAUGUAGUGUGGGAGACGAUGAUGAAGUGCUGUGUUGGUGGUGGAGGUGGUGGUGAUGGUGGUAGUAGUAGUAGUAGUGGUGGUGAUGAUAAUGGUUGUAGUGGUGGUAGCGACGGCGUAAUAGUGGUGUCGCUGCUACUACCAAGUCCUCGUCAAGUGUGGUAUGAUAAAGACAACAACAACAACAAAUACAACAACUAUAACAAAAACAGCACCUUACUCGCUCGACAGUCAACUUCGUGCUUGAGUCGAGGAAGGAGGUUCAUAACACUGACACACCUAUCGUGGAGAAGAUAGAGUCAACCAUACAUGCCAUGUGGGUGGGUGCUCGCCUAUGGUCGGUGGGCGUGGUGUGGGCGUGUGUGGGCGUGCGGGCGGUGCUGGGGGCGUGUACCAUGGCCGAGUUCCCCUGCAGAAGUAAACAGUGUGUCAGCCUCGACCGCUACUGUGAUGGCCAGAAGGAUUGUGAAGAUAAUAGCGACGAACCUUCAGGGUGCUCACCCUGCAACAGGACGUACUACGGGCGUGUGGGAGCGACCUACACCCUACAGAUCCCACGCCCACACAGAGGUACACUGCCCCACUUCUGCCAGCUGACGUUCAUUGCUUCUGGAGACGUGUAUGGGGACCUGGUACAACUGAGUAUUGAAAAGUUUAAUUUGGGCAGGUUCGUCUCCCACACCACCUCCGGCUGCCCUGACGGCUACAUGCAGAUCGAGGAGCUGAGUCGCCCCCUCAACGCCGGGUACUGGUGCGGGACGUCCUGGGGCCACAACGUCUUCUACUCCGAGACCUCCUCCAUCACCGUCAUGCUCCGGGUCUAUAACCUCAGUGACGAUGACGGUAGACCCAACCCCGGAGCGUUCUCCCCCCAGGAUACUGUUAUGCUCAGUAUGUCUUUCAAGUUCCUGAGGAGGGAGCGGGCGAUACUCCGCUACGGGGCGCCCUACAGUCCCAGCUACCGAGGGGAGGACGUGUCCAACACCUUCUGUGACAAGGAAUUCGAGAACUGUGACAAAAAGAACUGUAAGGUUCAGUCACCUAACUUCCCCGGGAUGUAUCCGAGGAACCUGACGUGUUACUACCACAUCCGGCAGACGAGAGUGCCAGACGGGAAGGUGGCACUGAUCCGCGUCCGUCAGCGUAAUCCACACCUCAUCUAUAUCAAGGAUCGCAAUGCUCCUCACCUGUCAAGGGACCGGAAGCUCCAGGUGGGGUCCGACUGUCACGUGCUGUACGACUACCUGGUGGCUUAUGAUGGCAACAGUACUGGAGCACCCGUCUUGGCCACUGUGUGUAAAGGAGGAGCUCCUCUUACUGGCAUAACUUCCAGUGGUCCCAGUCUUCUCCUUCUCUUCCACGCCUCACCGUUUGACUUUCCCUUCCAAGACUCUCCUCGUCGUCGAACAUUCGGCUUCGAGUUGGAUGUCGAGGUUGAGUUUGUUGACCGCGAGUCAACAGCUUAUAUCCGUGAAGGGUCGACUUGUGACUACAUGGUGAGUAGUCGUGGCCAGCGCAGCGGGUAUGUACAGUCACCUGUACACUCACUCUUACCCAACACUACCUGCACGUGGCGUCUCCUGGCUGGCAGCACAGAGGUGGUGUGGCUCUACUUCCUGCAUUAUCGCCACAUCCUGCACCCAGAGAUGCCAACGCCCUCCAAAUGCACCAACACACUCACCAUCACCGACGGAGACACUUCAACGGCUCCAUCAGAGUCCAACCUUAUCGUUGUUGACACCAUCGCCAACAACACUAUGAAUGCGACAGAAGAAAACGUCACAGCUACAACAGAGAUUGGGCAAUUUUGUCGCCCAAACCGCUUACCGAGGGUAUGUAGCGGCGUCCACGCCCCAGGACCCCACGCGGCGCCCUGUCUGCCAGGGGAAAGCUACAUCUCUAACUCUCCAGCUCUCACACUCUCCCUCAGGUAUGCAGCAGGCACAGCUCCAGCACAUGUGGAGUUCUUGGCUCGUUAUGAGUUUGUAGAUAAACGUCAGUGGGGCUUUCCUACCCCUGGAGGAGGUCCUUGUGACAGAACCUUCACCAUGCAACCAGAUCGCCUAUUCGCCUCCCCACGAGACGUUUUCCUGUUUGGUCGUGGCGGCGGCCGGAAACUUCGCUGUGUCUACACCUUUGUGGCUGAGCCCGACGAGCGGAUAGUUCUGAGGAUCAUACGUUCACGGAUGGGUUCCAGCUGUGGCACUUUGUUCAAACAUUCCUCCAGGCGAUACGAAUGUUCACACGAUGGUGCUGAAGACAAGCCAGCCAUCUGGAUGAGAGAGGAGCCGUGGGAAGGAGUGCCUCUCAUGCGUGCUUGUCUCUGUAACAUUUCUCACGAGCAGCCCUUCGUCCUCAUCUCCUAUACUAAUGAGAUCCAGAUCAUCUUCAGCAUCCCAGUCAUGACACCGUCAAGUGACUACAACGAUUACUUCCUGGAGGGGGAAUACUCCAUGGUUGACGCCAGUAAAGGCUUCACUAACAAAGAGUGUGAGCAGAAAACUCGACAUCUGGAGGGGCGUCAUGGUAACUUCACCGUCGGCGUCACCCACGAGAACCACUGCUCGGCCCUCCCUCGUCUAGUCACGGCUGCUGACGGCUCUUUUCUCUUCCUUCGCGUGCGAGGCUUCAGCGCCUCAGAGACCAACUGUGAUGGUUCAUCACGAAUAAACGUGUACGCGGUUGGUGGACUGGCGCCAUUAGCCUCCAUUUGCCCUGACCAACACAAAGAUUAUGCCCACGUAUUUAGCAGUGGCUGGCACGGCCCUAACCAGACGAUGAUGGACGAACUGGCUGCCACCGACCUCUGGAACACCUCCGGCAACAUGAACAUCGGCCAGAGUAACUACUACUACCACCAACAACAGCUGGAGUACCAGAAGAGAGGACGCCACCGCCAGCGGAAGCAACAGCAAGAGUCACGUGACCUGGUGGUGGAGUAUGUCGGCAACUCCACCGGCAGAGUCAUGAUCACCUGGAUAGGGGUGUGGAGACCCAUGCAGACGGCGCCACUCUCACCUGUGGGCGUGGAUCUCUGCCCUCACAGGUGCCCGGAAAUCCAAGCUUGUCUUCCAGCAGACCUGUGGUGUGACGGAAACAUCCACUGCCCCUCAGGUCUGGACGAGGGCGCGGGGGCGUGCGGUCUUUUAGCCGCCCUUCCCUGGGUGUACCUCGCCGCUGCCAUAGUGCUCUUCAUAUCCCUGGUGGCCCUGCUGGUGGCUGUCGUCAUGCACCGGCGACGCGUCCAAGCACAGAAGGACGCAGAGUCCGUGGUGACCAACAACAGCCACGGACUGAAGAGCACCACGCAGGACUUUCUCAUCCCCCCGGAUAAGGACUCAUGGUGACAAGAGGCCCAUUCUGGCGACGACGUGGUACGCGUGGACUACGAGACUACCGUGUAGCUGGUCCUGGUGCCUGGGGUCUAGUGUCCUGGUGCCUGGGGUCUAGUGUCCUGGUGCCUGGGGUCUAGUGUCCUGGUGCCUGGGGUCUAGUGUCCUGGUUAACUGGGCGUCUAGUAACC